UUUCUCUCUAACCUCGCUCGCGAAAUUUCUAAAGCUUUGCUCGCUGGUCUAAUCUAAUAAUAAAAGGAAAAGAGAUUUCUCUUUCAGCUUCAAUAUGAUACCUACGUUGAUUGCAAUUUCUCCGACCUUACCGUCUUUGUGUCCUCGAGGACAUGCAAAAGUUAGGCAAGAUAAGAGGCUCCAAGCUAGUAAUUCUUUCCUGCCAAUGCCAGAUAUUCGAUCUAAACUUUGUAAAGGUGGUCGGAUUUCUUAUGCGCGGCGACAACCGCAUAAAGCAAGGAUAUGUGCUGCUUCCCUGAAUGCAACUUGCGCAGCUGAGCAAACCCAAACCGUGAAGCGUGAAUCAUCAAAAAUAACAAUUUCUCCCCUUCAUGGCACACACACCCCGAAGCUCGAUGAUGGAGGCAACGGAUCCCCUCCAGAGGACGGUGGCGGAGGCGGCGGAGGCGGUGGUGGAGGAGGCUCUGAAUCUUCUGGCGGUUUCUUCUUGUUCGGUUUUCUUUUGUUUCUGAGCUACCUCAGAGACCAGGAUGAGGAGUUGGCUUAUAGAAAUCAAAGAUGAAUUAAUUAAUGAUCCAUUAAUACCUUUUGUAUACUUUCUUCCUUUCUCACUGUCGUGUUGUUUUUUAGGAUCGAGAAUGUAAUAAGACUGGUACAUUGCUUAUACAGAGUAAAAUAAAAUGCAGAGGUUAGUAGUA